AUUACUAUUUUGGGUUCUGAACACUUGAAAGACCCAAUUGAUGAAAAAGUAGUUGAAAGGCUACAAUACAUGCUUAUGCGUGUGGCUGUUUGCAUUCAUGAUGAAGAUAUCAAUGCAGCAAUUGAAACCAACAAUUCAAUGUCUGAAAAUUAUUUUACACAUGCGUCGCCGACUCUUUUUAACACUAGAACACCACGAUCUCAGCUUCAAGUUAUUUCCUUCUGA